GCGUUCACUCAGUAGUCUGUUGAAUCUCGGAUUCUGAGUGUUAGUGCAUCGUUUUGAAAUAACGUCUUUUAUUUAUUAUCCGAAAGAUGGAAAAGGAUGGAAGAGACAAUCCAGCCUUCGUUGCUGACAGUCACCACACCAAUAAGGAAAAGAAUUUGAAACAAAUUCUCGGAACAAAUAACGAUGGGUCUAAUUGUGAUUACCAAACGCCAAGUAAUAAAAAAUUAAAACCGUUGUCGUUAUUGUUGCCAGAAGAAAUGAUUAUAGCGGAAAAGGGAAAGAAGAGAGCCACCUGGGGAAACGGUAUAGAGUUUUUGUUGUCCUGCAUUGCGAUGUCUAUUGGACUCGGCAACAUUUGGAGAUUUCCAUUUACGGCGUAUGAAAACGGCGGUGGUGCUUUCCUAAUUCCGUAUAUUCUCGUGCUUUUCCUGGUGGGAAAGCCGUUUUACUACUUAGAAAUGAUAAUGGGCCAGUUUAGCAGCAGUUCUUCCGUGAAAAUAUGGCACGCUGUUCCGGGACUACAAGGCGUCGGUUGGGCACAAAUAUAUUCACUGACUGCUGUCAGCACUUAUUACUGUUCACUGAUGGCACUCACUCUAUUCUACCUGCUGCAAAGCUUCGCGUCGCAGCUUCCGUGGUCAAGAUGUUUGAUAGAAUGGGGAGAUAAUUGUGUGGAUUCGUCUAAAGCGGACAACACCACCGUACGUAACAGCAGCGUAAUGAGAAGUUCCGCUGAACUUUAUUUUUCAAAAGGAGUGCUAGACGAGAAAGAGAACAUCGAGGACGGCGUGGGUCUCCCAAACUGGCAACUGACAAUAUGUCUGUUGAUUGCUUGGGGCUGCAUCUGCGGCGUGUUAGCGCGCGGCGUGAAGACCUCCGGAAAGGCAGCCUACUUUCUCGCCAUAUUUCCGUAUAUCGUGAUGAUUUGCUUGCUGAUCAAAGCAGCGACCUUGGAGGGCGCGAUAAAUGGAAUCGUUUUCUUCAUUAAGCCCAACUGGGAGAAGCUGUUCGAGCCAGAUGUCUGGUACGCCGCCGUCACGCAGUGCUUCUUUUCACUGUCCGUCUGCUUCGGCGGUGUAGUCAUGUACUCAUCUUACAACGACUUCAACCACAAUAUUUACAGAGACGUCAUAGUUGUGACCACACUCGACACAUUAACGAGUCUGAUAGCGGGCUUCACCAUUUUUGGCAUACUCGGCAAUCUGGCGCACGAAAUUGGCACCGAUGACAUUAGCAGCGUUGUACGCAGCGGAACUGGCCUUGCUUUCAUCUCCUAUCCGGACGCUAUAGCAAAAUUCAGUUUCCUGCCUCAACUGUUCUCGGUGCUCUUCUUCCUAAUGUUAUACGUUCUGGGAAUUGGCAGCGCCGUUGCGAACAUCGGUGCCAUUAACACUGUCAUAUGCGAUCAAUUUCCGACGUGGAAAUACUGGCACGUGGCUCUUGGAACAGCCGUAUUCGGCUUCUCCAUCGGCACUCUUUAUUGCACGCCGGGUGGCCAGUUCUUGUUAAGUCUGGUGGAUUUCUACGCAGGAUCGUUUAUCAUCUUUUUCCUGGCCACGCUGGAAGUGAGCGGCAUAUUUUGGGUGUACGGGCUGGAGAACUUUCUGGACGACGUCGAGUAUAUGUUGCGGAAACGGCCGUCGGUCUACUGGAGAGUCUGCUGGGUGAUAAUCACGCCGCUUUUACUCGCAGGAAUUCUCAUUUACAGCGUUAUCAAUUUAAAGCCGUUGACUUACGGCGACAUAUUCUAUCCGUUUACCGCGUACGUUGCCGGCUGGAUAUUAUUCGCCUUCGGUGCGCUUCAGGUGCCAUUCUGGAUGAUUUACAUCAUACUGUCGAAAAGAAAUUUAGGACUAUCCAAGAUGUUGAAGGCAGCCUUUAGCCCUUCGUCUGAGUGGGGUCCGAAAAAUCCCACGCAUAAGGCAUCCUGGCGUGAAUUCAAAGAGACAAUGAGGAAGAAUCGUGAGAAGCGCAAGUGCUCGCGAGUAAAACAGUUUAUUUACGUGAUUUUCUGCUUGGAACACAAAUUGGUGUGAUCAAGUUAAUCCUAUAUUAGUUUGUGAUAUUUUAAGCUUGAAGUUCGUGUUUUUGAUUGUUGCGUAAAAUUCUAUGUGAGAGCUGCAACUGCUAGCACAGUGUAUGUUGAGGACAAAAGAUAUGGAGAUAUAUAUAUAUACGUUCGAUCUGUUCAAACGGUUCGAAUUGGAAAAGAGAUUCGAGCAUUUCGAACAGUGGAAACUAAUGAAUCGUCUGAAAAAUUUUCGAACACCAGUACAAUAUAUAUACACACGAACAGAUAGAUUUCUUAACAAUGUACAAUGUGUGUCUGCACUCACAGUUAUAAUCAGAGCGCACUCUCGUCUACGGAUUUCACUGCACCUUUCCGACAGUUUCCGUCCAAGCUGUUUAAUACUCAAUAAAAUCGAAUACUGGAAGAAAAGACAUAGCGAUGUGUAUGGAGAAAAGUGCUCGACGCUCUUGUCUGUCUAAUCUAUUCGUACCUAUUUCUUAAGAUCCUUUUCAGAUGUAAUCUGGAACUAAGAAAAAAGCACUUCUUUAGAAGAAUUCAUGCGACAUGCGUAAACAAAGUUAGUUAAAUCAGAUUUUGGAUAAAUAAGAGAAUCAAAAUAGAAAGCACUUAUCGAAACAUUCAUGCGUAUGUACAUUUUGCAAACAGAAAAUUGAAGAUAAUCCUUAAUGAAAAUGUAAUAGUAAUUGCAAAAGUGUAUACAGAGUGAUUCAAAACAAUCUUGACGUUCUUGAAAUGUCUUGAGCGAUUUCUAAGAUAAUUUUUCCCUUUGCAAAAUUUCGUCCGAAGCUUAGUUUUUGCAAAAGGAAAAAUCGUUUUCAAAGGACGAUGAAUAUGACAUUUCAAAGACAUCAGAUUGUUUUGAAUCAUCCUUACACAAGCUUCAAAUUAACAAUCGAAAAGAGAGAGAUGCAAAAAGAUGCAAUAGAAGAAAAAGAAUUAAUUUGAAGCAGUUCUGGUUUUACAGAUCAGACGUUCAACUUCAGAGACGUAAUUUCUUUCCAAUUUAUUUUGAUUCAUUUAUCUUACAGAGAGAACUAUGUAUUAGUGAGCCAUUGAACGGCACCGUAUCACAGGGAGUGAAUAAAAUUGAAGCCGCGCACAGUUUGUGUAAGCAUUAUAGCCUAUUUAAUUGUACAAAUAUAAAUACUUCUUUGGAAGCUUUAAUGUGAAUGGUUAUAAAUAUGAAUAUUGUCGGAAUAUCCAGCGUGGAUGGAAUAUCACUCUCUAAUGAUAUGGUUAUUUGUUUAUCAAAAAAACAUUCAACUUAUCGAACUCGAACUUGCCAAGGGCGGAUUGUACAUUUCAUACGACAUUUUUGAAAUAUUAUAACGCUAAAAAUAUAAUAACAAUGGUAACGA